AUGUAUGCGGAUCAGGUUGCAACCGGGAGGAAGCUGUCGGUCAAGGACCGUCUUCAUGGCGCCGUGGCGACAGACCUAGGGAGCGGCAGGCAGACGGCGGGCGUUAAGAGGUUGGAGUCGUGCUGGCAUCUCUCCCGCUUUUUUUUCGUCGUCUCGCGUUUGCUGCCGCUGGGUUCCCAAGAUUGACGCGUUUCUUAUCUUGUGUGUCGGAUGGUGUCAAUCUCCGAAGUCCGACUUUUGAUUCAUGUUCGUCUUGUAGAGGAUGAGAUCGCGGUCAACGCGUCAGUUCCCAUCUCGUAAAUAUCAUCGCUAUGGUUUCAAAGUCAAGCUAGGCUAUGUGACUGAGAUACGUCGAAGAAGAACCUCUCACGGAAAACCUCAACACUACCUAUUCUAAAGAGAAGCGAUAGGAAGAUUUUCUCGGCAGAAAAUGAGGGAAACUAUCAAAGAAACAUCAAGCUUCUGACCAAUCUCUUUCCUAAAGUGAUCAUUCAUAAAUUUUUAAUUUAUAUAUGUUUUAUUAUCGAAAAUUAUCCGUAAGGGCACAGAUUUUGGAGUUUCGACCCCCAUAUUUUUUAUUGGACAAUUUUACGCACAGAACAUUCAAAUUCAGUGCAAUCUGAAGCUUCAUUUCUGACCAGGUUACCAUUUGAUAAUUGUUUUCCGGUGCAUUUAGUUGUAUCCUUGUAUGUCCCUCAAUAUUCAUCUUUCAUCCUUCUACAAUUUCUGGAAGCUCUUAUCCAACAUAGCUAUUGAUCUAAUGGGACAGUUUUCUUGAUGGAUAAUGUGCUCUUAGUUCUCUUUAUGGUAAUUCAUGGGAGUGUCGCUAUCCUUUUAUGCUCCUUUUGGUAUGGGUUGAUCUAAUUCCGAGGGAUCCAAAAUGAUGCUCUUGCCACCUACCACAUGACUCGAUCUCUGAAUCUUAGUUUGCAUUUUGGUCAAUCUAAGUUGUUACUGAUGUGUAUCCAUGACGGUUGAUAAACAGAUGAACCGCGUUUCAUUUUUAAUUCUCUGGUAAUUCAAGGACGGUAGUGAAACCGCAAGAUCUAAAGUUCGGAUGAUAGACAUAAUAACUAGAUAAGGGUUCCUCCUCGCUUAAUUAUGUUUCAUGACUUGUCUUCCACGUGGAAAUACCCAUUUUCUUCAAUGUUAAUCACAUUAAAUUAUAUGCUUUUUAUAGCUUUAAUCCAUUAGUGUACUGCUUCCAUUGCUGGUCGUUAAGGUAGAUGGUUAUGAUGGUUUUCUCCAUAUCCUAGCAACCUCAGGAGGUUGAGUGCUGAUUUCAUUUAUAUGAUCAUGAGCCACACUUAUCUUCACAUUAACCCGUGGAGUGCAUGAUAUUGAGGAAAGAUUGUUAUUUUUUUGUGGAUAUUAAUUUUUAAUAGAGGAGAAAAUACGUGCACAACUUAUGGAAGAUGAUAUCAUGCCAUUACUUACUGAAACUAUGUUGCCCUUUUCGAUUCAGACGUCGACACACUUUUGGGCUCCGAUGACUUUUCUUUCAGUUUAUCUUCAGCUCUCUUGGGAAUUAAUGGAGGUUGCCUCUUUUAAUACCAUAUAUGUGGCCUUAUUUGGAGUCAGUCGUCCAAUCUAGGUCAUGAUCAGCUAUGCCAUAUUUGGAUGGGCCACUGCGGAUUUAGAAAAAAAUGCUGUGCGAUAAUUAAUCCCUUUCCCAUCCUUAUUUACGAUCUUAUUCAGUUUUUUUUUGUUUUCCUCCUAAAAUGUGUAUUACUUUUAGUAUGAUAUUCGGCUUAGAACUUGAGAGAUUAUCUAAUGCAGGCAGCGCCCAGAGGAUCUCAAAUGGAAACACGACCUCUACACGGACACUGACGGGCCCCAAUCUUCAAGUACUUACUUUCCCAGUGUAUACACAAAAUUUGCUCGAGUUUCUUAGUUCUCUUACUUCGCCGAUGCUAAAUUAUCUUAAUUUUUCUAAUUACGGGAUAUGAAGGACCGAGAUUUGGGGACAGAGAUCUCCGCCUGAAGCUCCAGAGGAAGAGCUCAGGGCAGUUCCAGCAGGGAGGGAGGAACCCGGGCGUCAGGGAUCUUCGUGAGAAGCUGUCUGGCACAAUGCACUCCCAGCCGGGCAAUGGCGAUCCAUCCAAGGCCAAGGCAGCAGCGGUAGUGCCAGAGGUCGCUAGAAUAGCCAAGCAAAGUGUUCCAUCAGCCGAAGAACCCCCCCUGGAGACCAAGAAGGUGACCAGUUCCGCUCCUGCUCCUGCUCCAGCUCCAGCUCCCUUGAAGAAGAAAUCACAGCAGAAGGUCUUUACCCCUCUCUCUCUCUGUCAUAGAAUAUUACAUGAUGUAUAUAAACUCAUGGAGUGAACAUAUGCAGCCCGAGGCAUCAAUUGACGGCUUUCUGCGCUCUCUGGGGCUCGAAAAGUAUCUGAUAACCUUCCAAGCAGAGGAAGUAUGUGGAUUACAGGAGACCUUGUAAAGAAGAGACGCUUUUCACUCCAUGGAUGUUAAAUUUAUGAAGAUCUGUGCCAUCGGUGCAGGUGGACAUGGCGGCCCUGGUUCAUAUGACUGAUGACGAUCUCAAAGCUCUCGGAAUUCCCAUGGUAGCUUCCACUAGAUCAUGAAAUUAAUUACCCACUUUUAAAUGUUCGAUGUUUGUUGUAUAAUCUUCUUACGCUGGGUGCUGAUGUUUUCCUUCAGGGUCCAAGGAAGAAGAUACGCUUGGCCUUGGACUCAAGAGCCUAG